AUGGAACUUGGCCUGGAUGAAGACGAAGCCAAGGAGCGCGCUGAACAAACCGCAGCCAGCUCCGGUCAGAUGGCGACGACGUCUUCUACAGGCACAGUAGAACCCGAACAGUCUCCGUCUCAACAGCCAGAGGAGGCCGUCGAUCAGGCUUCUGCUGACGAAAAGCUCAUUAGUGACGAGGCGCUUAUCGAUGCGAUGUUCAGUGAAGUGCUCGAUGGUGAGGCAAGCGAGGUCAAAAAGAAGCUUGAAAAAUUAUCAAGUUUUGAUAACUGGUACGAUCAACCGGAGGCUCAUGAGGAUGAUGAGGAGGUGGAGGAGUACGUGUCCGAUCUGCUCAGCCAAUCGAUGAGCGAAGCAAUCUUUUCAGCGUCGAAAUGUUUGAAAAAAGAAUCGACUGAGAGAAAGAGAGGGCUAUUAAUCACCGACACAUCGUUCGACAAGCCGCUGAUACAAAAGCUGAAAGGCGAGAGCGUAGAGGAUGAGGAUGGCCAGGUUUUGGAUGGAAGUAAGAAGAGCGCCAUCGUUGAGGUCGACGAAGAGAAUCAGGGAGAGGACCCGAUUCUCAAGGCUGUGUUCACUUCGAAAAUUGAAAAUCCACAAUUCUUGGAAUCAGUCAUUUCCUAUCCCCCGUCGAUGAAUUCUCCUCGAUACACCUCAUCCACCAUUACGACACCGGGCACAGCAAAGACGAAAGACGACGCUGACGUCUUCUUUGCCUCGCAGCCGUCACCAGUUCAAGCAAAUGAUGCCGACACCACCUACGUGUCGAGCGCAAGUGUGAUGAUGAACGAUACGCAUUCAUCUUCUGAAGGCGAUUACGAUGACGAUCACAUCAUUAAAUUAGUCUUUUCCGAGCUUCCUGAUAAGGCCAAACGUGGCGCGGUGAAAAGCGUCGAAACGGCAAGGGUACGGCUGCCUAAUAUGGAGACUAUGGAGGAAACAAUGGAGGAAUCAUGCCAAACGCCAAACAGUUCAGUGGAUUCUGAGGUGAGUGCACUUUCAAAUACGGUGGUCUCCUUCUAG